AUGGUAUUACUAUUUCAUAAAAAUGAGAAACAUCCAAAGCACAAUCAACAUACCCUCAUGGAUACAAAACAACCAGGAACCCGCCGACCUGAAGGUCUACAAACAGAAGUCAUAACUACUCGGUUAUCUGGCUCUGCUAAACACGGAGGACAGUGGAACCGUUUCGAUGCUACACAUUGUCACUACGGUUUGUGUGCAGUAGAAAGUUCUAGCCAAAUUUUCUCCUCCUAUAUUUUCCGAGUUGUUAAAUUGCCACAUCUCCAAAAUAACAAUUCGAAAAUAUUUGUGCUUUUGCUGGCCUGUGCGGCAUUUGUAAGAGCCGAUGUUUCACAUUUGUUUGGCCACAAUCAUGAACAUCACCAUGAUCAUCAUGAACACCAUUACCAUCACCAACAUGGCUAUGAAUACUCUCACCAAGAAAUAGAAAAUCAUCCAGGUUAUGAUUAUCCCAAACCGAAGGUGCCUUUUGAAUUGCCAAAAACUACACUGCCACCACCACCCAAGCCAACCUAUUUGCCUCCAGAACCACCAAAGCCAACCUAUUUGCCUCCACAACCACCAAAGCCAACUUAUUUGCCACCCAAACCAGUGCCUACUUAUUUGCCUCCUCCUACUACUACGAACUUGCCCCCUACACCACCUAAACCAACCUAUUUGCCGCCUACACCACCAAAGCCAACCUACUUGCCACCCACACCACCAAAACCAACCUACUUGCCUCCCACACCUCCAAAACCCACAUACUUGCCUCCCAAGCCAGUGCCAACAUAUUUGCCCCCUAAGCCCACAUAUUUGCCACCUUUACCACCAAAACCCACCUAUUUACCACCCACACCACCAAAACCCACCUAUUUACCACCCACACCACCAAAACCCACAUAUUUACCACCCACAACCCCAGUAGCCCAGUAUUUGCCGCCUCAACCCAUUAAGUCGGAAUAUUUGCCACCCAAACCCAACAAAUCGGAAUAUUUGGCACCCGCUCCAACACCCACCUUCAAAAUUCCCAUUCCCUCAUAUGCCGCUCCCCUAGAGGAAGUAUUUGGCAAUGAAUUGCAAGAGGAUGGUUAUCAUUACAAUAUCCCGGCCAAGAGAUUCUUCUUCUAA